AGGGAAAGAGAAAAACAGAGAGAGAGAGUAAAAGCGGGUAGAUUUUUUUUUAAAGAAAAAUGUUGCCAAAAUCGAACAAGAAAGUUGUGGAGGGCAAAAGGUUUAGUCCUGUAACUACCGCGAAGGACUCUGCUACGACACCAGUUGGAAAUGUUACUCAAAAAGCCAAAACCACCCUUAUAUGGCCAGAGUUCACAGAUGUGGAUUCAGAGAAAUGGGAAUGUCUCGGUAAAGGAAAAGAUGCGUCCAAGACAAAAUCCCCCGUGACCCAGUACUUCGAAGACCCUGAAGGGAAAAUUGAGCUUCCUCCCUCGUUAAAGGUAGAUCACUGGAAACGGCCUCAUGAAAUCUUAAUUGAUAAGAUACCUGUGAUUGUUGAAAAUAACUCGUUAAACACGUUUGAUCUGGUCACAAACAAUGAACAUCUUCAUGAAAGUGAGGUGAUGCGGAAUAUAAUAGGCCAGAUCAUUGCAUUGUGGGAGUUCAGUUUCCUACCUGUGCCACACUUGUUUGCUGUUUCUGAUCCCAACACACCCUUUAUUAGCUACAGCCACAGCUGGAGACCCUGGGAACACCUGUAUGCAUUGUGCAAGUCAGGCAAAGGGCCACACAUGCCCCAAUACAAUCCUCAUGGCAAAUACAUCGUUCGUUUAUAUUUCAUGGGCUGCUGGAGAAAGCUGAUCGUUGAUGACACUUUGCCGUUUGGCAAAGACAAGUUACUCCUACCUACAACAACACAACCACAUGAAUUAUGGCCCAUGUUACUUACAAAGGCACUGCUCAAAGUUGCCAGCCUAAACUACACUCUGAACUGUGGAAGCAAUGAGAUUGGGGAAUUCAAUGUUUUGCACACUCUGACCGGUUGGCUCCCUGAGGUAGUUCAAAUCACCCACAAAAACACAGAGAAGACCUGGCAGUUGCUGACCAAAGUGCUGCCGGAAUGGAAGCCAGAGGAUGCGGUGACUGUAAAGGAAGAACCAGUUGUUGACGCAAUCGCUAUUGAUGCUGUAGAGUCACUCAUUGUUCAACCAAGCAAAUCAAAGGAAAGUACUCCUAAAACUGAAAAGGUCGAAAAGUCCGAGAAGUCGGAAAGGGAGCAUGGAGAUAAACACGAACCAACAAGAACUGCGACUUCCAGGAGAGGCAGGGACAAAGAUAAAGACAAAGACAAGGAAAAAGGCAAAGAUAAAAGGGACGCCGUUGAGAGAGAACUUUCAAGAGAAAGAUUCAAUCAGAUUGAUGUGAAAAAUAAUGAAAACAGCGGAUUAAUGAUAUUUGCUACGCAUUGGACACCACCAGCACCUUUAAAAGCUUCUUCAUUUGCGGAAAUGGCUACAGCAAGUGAAAAACUUCGCCAGAUAGGAUUGUCGUAUUUCCAUCCACAUCCUGUCUGGAUCUCACAGAGUCGUACGCAACCUCUGGAGCCACAGAGUCCCCCUCAUGUAAUUCCAAACUGGCAAUUGAUUCGUCCAAGAAAAAAGAAGAAUAUUCCCUUUGAUGAGCCACAAAUCACUGAAGAAUCAACCCAAAUUAGGUGUUUGGAAUUAGCCACAGCAUUUCUGUAUUACAAAAUCAACCCAGUCUCAAUUCCAACUAUAAUUACCAAAACCAGGCAGUGUCCCAAUUUGGAACCAGAGAAAAAACAGAGGACUAUGAACAAUCUCAUCAUAAAAGAAAUCGAGGAGGAGAAUGAGGACAGUCUGCCCCUGGAUGAGAGUACAGAGACAGAAAUGAACGUUAGUGCCACGUGUUCGCUGCUGGAUACCAAUGAAACUGAGGGCAAAGCAAAACAGCCAGGGACAAACAACUCCGAUAAACCAAGACAGACCAGAACCAGCGGCAGUGAGAAAUACAACCACUCCAUCAAUUCCGAAAAGAAGAAGAAAGGAAGUAAAAAAGACUCUGUGAAUGGAAACAUCCAUCCAUUAUUGGACAACAGCAUAGACAGUAGUAAUGUUACCAAAGAAGUCAAUGAGAAGAAUGGACUUCCAGUAAGUGACUUCGACUUAGUUGCAACUCUCCCUAACCUAGAACAUACUGGAUUUAAGAAAACCUGGGUCGACUUUGAGCUCUUCUGCAAAUCAUUCAAUAGUCUCUCCUAUUACCAUAAACCGAUGCUGUACCAGAACAAUAUAAAAGCAUCUGACAUUAGGAUGACUUCUGCUCUUUUAGAAGAGAAAUCAAUGCAAUAUUUAUUUUUAGAUGGUUUGGUGAACUCAGAUCUGGUGGUGUGCUAUUCAUCAUUAUCCCGUUGGAACGAAUGUUCCAAUCCCAAAGACAAUGUCGUUAAAUUAAAAGAAGAAGCCCGUCUCAGUCCAAACUCAUAUGAAAAUUCCAGCCAUCCAGAAAGUGGUUCAAUUCCAAGUCUUCAGCCUGGUCAACUCGUUGUCGAACCUUAUUCUUGGAAGAGUCUGGUCAUUGGUCAACCGAUACUAAUGCUACGAACCACUGCUACCCGUGCUGUGACACUAACACUACCACCUGGACGCCAUGUAUUGAAGUUCAUGAUGACCAGCCCUUUAGGCUACAGCAUCCACCUGUCUUCCGAUAGCCCUUUCAUAUUUGGAGAUGAAGAGACCAUUAUGAAUCAAUGCAGCAAAGAAAGCUGCCAUUUCAUAGAAUCUGCUUCACAACUGAUACUCAGCUUUGAAAGUUGUAUCGAGAAUUUCCAUUCCAAGGAAAAAUACGAACGAGCAAAGGAGAAAAUGAGAGUUUACCUAUUUCCCACCGCACCAGCAAUGGCUUACUCAAAGGGUCAGCAGUAUGAGAAUUUUAAAGAGUCUUUACUCCGGCUCCUUUCUAAAUCAGUCCCCUUCAAUGCAGAAACUCUGUUUGCAUGGAGGGCAUUCUUCUUUGAUCUGAACUGGAAAAACACUCCAGUUACAUUUCAACAACAACCAUGUAAAUUAAAGACUGAGAAGUAUGACCCUUUCCCGCAGAUGGAAACCAACAUUGACUUUCAAAUCGCUGCGGUAAAGAUACAGACUUUCUGGCGUGGGGCAUAUGUUCGUAAAAUAAAAAGAUCUCGCACACACGGUACACCUGAUAACAUCGCUGUAUGUGAUGUUUUGAAAAAGUUUUGGCUUCAAAUUAAACCAAAUAUUGAAGAGAUUGGUCUUAAUGUGUUCAGGUAUCUGAUAAGUAAAAACCCCAAAAUCAUCCCAUACCACAGCUUCUACAAAGAGGAUUGGCACAAAAUCUCUUACACCGAUUACCAAGGAGUAUACGGGGAACAGCCCCCUGAGACAUGGUUUGUGGUUUUCAGGGAGGUAUUUUUGGUGUCGGAGGAAAUCAUGGUAGUUCCCAAACUUUAUGUGAACCUAAAAACCUGCUUUUUGCGUGUCAUCAACAACGACAACGGAGCCGAAAUAAACAAAGUAUUCAAGCAGGUGUCCCCUUUUGUGUAUAGGAAAAAUAAGCGUGGGUACACAUUCAUCGCAGAGGCUCGGAGUCUGGAACAAGCCAUACCUAGUGGUAGAUGGCGGCUGCGUCUCAUCGGCUCAUCGAGCUCCCUUCUGCAUCUGCAAAAAGCUGAACUCAACACUCACCUCUAUAUUCAAGACAUAAAACACUACUAUAUUCCGUCUGAUACUUAUCCAUACUUCAUGAGUUAUUCCGUAAAGGUAACUGAAGACCAUCUGGCGACCUUACAGAUGUCAACAUCGAAACCAGAUGUCCAGUUCCAACUGACCGUCCUGGACCAUGAUGAAGUGGUGUGCAAUGUGAAGGGCAAAGGUCACGUUGUCAUCCCUUCCAUUAUAUUUCUGAAGGAUAUCAUCGAAGAAGAGCCCCUAAGCACAAGCUCAAAAGAAUCUUUAACUGUAAAAAAGCAUUUAACCGCACGAGAUACAGUCAUGAACCAUAAGUAUAAAAUACGAGCGACAGUGUUGCAUGAUUCGUGGCCACUUGUCCCUAUUGACUGGCAGUUUAUCCAAGCUUCCAAAAGCAGCAUAAGUAACGAAUUGAGAAUGGAAUUCAAAGAGAGUGAAACACCAUCGCCCAACCUGAAAGUAGAAAAACCAGCCAACCAUUCCUCGAAACCAAAAUCCAAUAAAAUUAGAAGUGGAAAAGAAACGAAAGAGCCAAAGGAAGCUCGUCCAGCCUCACUCCAGUUCGAUUCCUCCCGUCCACACUGGCUACUACGCUUUGUAUCUGACCCAGAUUGUGCUGAACAGGUUGAAAUAAAACGAGACAAAUCAAGAGCUGAAGAAAUUCGCCAGAUGAAGAAAGCUUGGGAAGAAGCAGAACCUGGAAGAGCAGCUAAAGCCAAUCAGUCACAUCAAGGAUAUCUUAAUAUUCACCUAUUACCCACCGAGGUGGACAAAGAGCUAUUGGACAGCGUACUGGAAAGCUGUGCCCUGACAACUGAACCCCCGAGCAUCUUUCUAAAGGACAGGGUACCACGAAUUGACCUAUCUCCCUUUAUGAAAAACGAGAGAAAUCCAGUAAAAUAUUUGACCGAUGAACUGUUGAACCAUCGUCAGUUACUAAAGGAAAUGAAAGUACAAGCAUAUCGCUCAGAUCGUAAGAGGGCCGAAGAAUGGUUAGAAAACGAGAGAAGAUCUUUGAAGAUUUUAAAAGCAAGGCAAAUCGAGUCUUGUCAACAGAUGCAGUUACAACUUGACCUUGCUCGAGAGAACUUUUUUCAGCAACGUGAAGAUUACAGGCAGUCGUGCAUAAAGGUAAUGGAAGAGAACCAAAUUGAUCUGGACGAGAAAGACCUUAAACCACCAUCUCAUAAGAAGGGGGCGAAGAAGGGGCCCAACAAGACUGCCACCACCAAAACAAAGAAAUGAAGAUGAAUUUACUAUACACAUGAGCAAAUAUACAUACAUGCAUGUAUACAAACACACACACACUCACACAUGUAUGUGUGUGUGUAUGCAUGCAUGUACUCAGACCUCUCAAAAGUAAAUAGACAUCCCUCAUUUUUAUAUAUA